AUGAAGCCGCCUCUGCAUAAGGAGGCCGCGGCCGCCGCUCAAGAGGAGAGAUGGAGGAGACUGCAAGAAUAUUUAGCGGCCAAAGGAAAGCAAAAGCAACCCAGUUCCAAGCCAUACUUAAAGGACAGGACUAAUCAGCAGAACCUGCUUCCUUCCAAAUCAGACCCUACUGCCAGAUGUAAAGAAAAAAUUAUCCUGAAGAAGACAAAAGGUGAGCAGAAGAGGGAGGCAAAAUAUUCAGUCCCUGCUGGCCGGGUUCCGCGGAGCAGAUUGUCUGGUGCUCCUGUCUCUCAGAAGCCCCAGAAUGUUCCUUUGGAGCUGCUAAGAAAGGGUCCGUUCCAUCCUCUUCCCUCAAAGGCCUCUGCUGAAAACCUCUCUGGGAAACGGAGUAUCACAAUACCCUCCUCCAAGCAUGGUUUAUGCCAAGGAAGAAAGACUAAAAAGUUGGAGCCGGUCACCAAACCAAAAACUCGAGCGCUCCUGCAGACUGCAAAAAGUUUCAAGCAACCGAACCAUCCUGUGGAGAGCUUGCAAGAAAAUGCUGAUAAAGAGAAUUUGGAGAGCCUUGAGAAGAAGGCAGCUCUGAGGUUUGGCCUCCCAUCUGGUUCCCAAACAGUGAGAAGGCCAAAUGUGGGCUUCGCUUCACAAGGCAGCAUGCCUGGGAAAAGGCAAGCACAGACUUCUCAGGCUGUUAAGUCACAAGUCCAGGGUAAGCCCAGAAGGCCUUCAGCUAAUCUCAAGGGGGCUGAUCUUCAGAAGCGAGUCCUUGGAGUGUCAGGAGUACAGACAGCAUUGAAGGUUAGCCAGUCAUCUACUAAUUCGAGGCCAGAAAUUAAAGGCCAGGGUCUGAAUCCAAGGGCAACAAAGCAACCUACCAUGAAUCAACAGGCUGCUGGUGUGCUGGGGCAAGGAAAAAAGAAUGUGGCACAGUCAAGGACAGGCAGAGCUCCAGAUGCUGUUCAGAGGGGACAACCGAAGGAGCAGCGGGCAACUCCUCACAAGACUCAGCAUGUGAGAAGGCAUCCGAGCAAUUUUCAUCCUUUGACAAACCCCUCGGUAAGAGAACUAAGAGGAAAACGGACUCUCUCUUUGGCCGCAUGUGAGGACAUCAACAAGUGUGGAAGCACAGCAAGAAGGAACCAGAAUGGUAAGAAGCUCCAGCAAGCACCCAGGACUCCCAGCUUGAAAUCCAGGCCUGUCGUCUCUCCAGAUUGCUCAGCAAAUAGAGCCAUUGACACUCUGAGAUGUGGAAGAAGCAAGUCAAGGCAGCUGGGGACAGGAACAGGUCCGGAGGCCAAAACACCGGGUACGCCGGAUCGCAGGAGGCUGCUAGAACAGUGGCUGAAAUCUCACAGGAAAUCCUACAAGCGGCCACCAAUGACACUGCCCGCUGCAAAGCCACGGAAGAAAAGGGAGACCCUGAACCAGUCCUUCUGGCGUGGUCUGGGGAAAGAGGAGGAAAGGAUGGAUCGCAGCUUGAUGGAUAAGAUCUCCAGCACAUUGACAGAAUGCCUGAAGCUUGCUGAGGAGGGGUUUGCUUCCGAAGAGAUCCUAGCCAUGCUUUCCCAGAUCCCAGAGGCGGAGAAGUUUGCCCAGUUCUGGAUCUGCAAAGCAAAACUGCUGGCACGACGUGGCACGUUUGAUGUGGCCGGGCUGUACGAAGCGGCUGUUCGUGCUGGGGCUGCACCACUACAGAAAUUGAAGGAAGUUGUUGCUGACCUUUUGAAGAAUCCAGACAAGACAGCCCAGGCGGUCCCUGCCCAAGUCAGUCCUGUCCCUGCCAGGGACCGGGUUGAGAUGAAUCCCCAGAGCACUUUGCAACGCCGGAUUUGCAAGCCGGUCUCAGGUGUCAAGCUACAAGUUGUUCCCCUGCUCAGAGCAAAAGAGCACCGGACGGGGCCAGAGACAAAGCUCUUGACUCCCGUGCGGCGCUCCCUGCGGAUAGAGGGCGCCACUGCCUGCUACCCACAGAUGCUGAAGGACCAUGACCCGGUGGUGACUUCUCUCGAUGAACUUCUGGCCACGGACCAUGGCAGCCUCUUUGUGUUCCGUAAAAAUGAAGCUUUGCCAGAGGAUGUGGAAAUGGAGUUCCUGAAGUUGUGACUGU